AUGUUGACCAAAUUUACUCGUACUCUUCUAUCUUAUAAUGGUACUGCACCAUCGUUAAUUACAUAUCGACCAUUGUCGAUUUCAAAUAAAUUUUUUCAAAGUACUAUAUCAAAAUCUAAAACUGAUGAUAAAUCAUUAGCUGAACAAAAAGAAAAAGUUCUACGAGUUGAAGAUUCAUUAAACGAUUUAUCAUCAGUAAAAUGGCGAACCGAAUAUAAUGGAAAACGUUUAUGGCCUCAUGAUCAAUGGCCUGAACGUGAUUUAGUUAAUUAUCCACCAUAUAAACUUCGUGAAGUACCAAAUCCAGUUCGAUGGUAUUGUAUACCUGAAUCAUGGUUUAAAUUUUUUUAUGAAAAAACUGGUGUUACUGGACCAUAUAUGUUUUUCUACGGUUUAAUUAUUUAUGGAUUUAGUAAAGAAUAUAUUGUUUUAUGGUAUGACUUUACUGAAUAUCUUAUUUUGGCUGCAGCUGUUAUCACUGUUGUUAAAAAACUUGGUCCAUCAGUUGGUAAUGCUUUUCGAGGUUGGCAUGUAGAAGAAGUUGAUCGAUAUAAUUCAGUUGUUAAUAAUUCAAAAGCAAUGGCUGGAAAAAUGUUACAUUCAUAUGAAGAAUCAUUAGAACGUGCUGGAAGUAUUGGAAAAUUAAAUGAAGUACGAAAAGAUAUAAUUAAUAUGGGAUUAGAAACAUCAUAUAGAGAAAGAAUGAAACAAAUGUAUGAAGCUGUUAAACGUCGAUUAGAUUAUCAAGUUGCUUUACAAAAUGCACGAAAAGAUUUUGAAAGAACAAAUAUGAUUAAUUGGAUAACAAAUGAAGUUAAAAAUUCAAUAACUGAUAAACAAGAAAAAGAUACUUUACAAUCAUGUCUUAAUCAACUUAGACACAUAGCUACACAAACACGCUGA